UGGGGCAGAUUUCAGGAGGUAAAAAUGGAGGCAGGCGAAGUGCUAUUUUUGAUAAUUUCCUUUUUGAUACAAACAGCUCACGGGGUCGACUUCUACGGGCACAGCGUCACGGUUUUGCCCUUUCAGAGGAAGUCAGAUGGGACAAUGCAGCUGGGAUUGGUGAGCAGGGAAAAUGGCCGCGCAUCCUGCUCCAAUCAGGUGUCAUACUUGUGUGAUGGUGGAGCGUGUGGGAACUUCACUAAAGGCGUUGCCCUGGAAACAACUAAUGACACCACUGGGAAACAGCGCUGGUGUCAAACGGAGCAGGAAUCCACCACCCAGCUAACGGCUAAUGCUAAAAAUGUGUCUCUCAGUGCCUCUGGCUGCUGCUGGGCGUCUAAUGUGAAUACUGCACAGAGGUGGAGAGCCGCGGCUCACAUGGAUUUGGGACAACGCUCCGACACUUUCGCGAUCAACCACUGCCCUGUCACAGCCACUGUCUCCUCCAUACGAGUUCCUCAGAACUGUUUCACAACCGUUCGUCUCUUGGCUCAUGAUCCAGAUGGUGAUGAAGUGAAAUGUCGCCUUACAAAUAUCUCUACAGCUAAUAUUGUGUUAGACGAGAACAAGUGCUCGCUGAGCUCCAGCGGGAACCUCAGUGUGGGGGUACAUGUGUUUGAGGUGAUCAUGGAAGACUAUCCACUCAGAAACAUUACAAUGUCAUAUGUGGACGGAACCGUGAUGCAGCUCAACGUGUCUGACCCAAACAUGGACCCCAUGUGCAGUGUCAAAAUGCUCUUCUCACUUGAAGUGCUGUCGCCUCUGCCCAGCUGUGAGUUGGGACAUGUCCAGCCCAUGUUUCUGUCGAAGACGCCUUCACAGGAGACUCUGAUCUACACUUCAGUGGGACAGAUGCUCAGCAUCUACGCAGAGGCCCAGGCUCACCACAACAGCAUUAAGGACUUCCAGAUCAGCGGUCCUCGUAACAUGACCAAAGUGUUCAAAGACAACUCUCUCGGACGCGCGGAGGUCACUCUGAGCUGGACCCCACAGCAAACGGAUCUCUACAGACAUGUGCCAGUCUGCUUCACUGCGGAGACUGAUGAAACCCAAUCGGAGAUGAGAUGUGUUGUCAUAGUGGUGACCAAAUCCACUAUUACUCAAGGAAAGGCAGACGUGAUAUGCCAAUCCAACAAAAUGACGGUGUCCCUGGAAAAGGCAUCAAUGCCAGGGAUUGAUGUGAACUACCUGAUGCUCCUGGACAAAUCGUGCUCCCUCACCUCCAACAGCAGUCACAUCAUGGGCACCAUCACCUUCAGCACCUGCGGAACCAAAAUCGAAGACAAGGGUGACUUUAUUGUUUUCGCCAAUGAAAUCGACUCUUUUGAGCUCCCCUCUGAGGUCAUCACCAGACGAAAGAUGGUCAAGAUCGGCUUCUCCUGCCAGUUCCCCAAAUUUCUCAGUAUCUCCACCUAUUUCAACCUGCAUCAGGAUGACUACAUCUUCACAGAGUCCACCUUUGGCAGUUUUGGAUACACAUUUGAGAUUUACAAAGACAAAAACUUCACCCAGAAGGUUCAGCCUGACGAGUACCCAGUGCAAGUGAAGCUGUUUGAUAUGAUUUACAUGAGUAUCCAGGCCAAGUCGGACCUGCAGAAAGUCACUAUGUUUGUGGAGUCGUGCAAAGCCACUCCAGACGACAACCCAGGCAACAACCUGUACUAUGACAUCAUCAAGGAUGGGUGUCAGAAAGAUGAGACGUUAUCAGUUAAAACCUCUACAGAUACUACAUUCAACUUUGAAGUUCAGGCCUUCAAGUUUACAGGAAACAAUGACCAGGUCUACAUCACAUGCUCAGUCAUCUUGUGUGAGAAGGACAGCUCAUACUCCAGGUGUUCUCAGGGCUGUGUGGAAAAUGCUAACCAAGCCAGACGGAGACGGAGACGUGGGGUUGCCAAGCAGACUGUGGACCACCAGAUUACCCAGGGGCCUUUGCACUUCAUGGGAGAGGCCUUCCCUGCUAAUGAUUAUGACAGAGAAGAAGACUUAGGAUUCAUAGCUAAACAAAAUCUGAACACCACUCCACCGGUUGUAAAUUAUCACCAGGAGAGAAAAACACUCAGGACCCAGGCAUCAGGACCAAGGCCUCGUCCUACAGGGUCUGUCCGUGUGAGAGGGGCAGAAAAGGAGGAUGAUGAUGGUGACGAUGAUGAAGAUGAGUACCCUAAUCUCCGAGCCCUCCUCAGCUCAAACCUCGUCACUGUGAUCUUCGCCUCAGCCUUCUUCAUCUCUGUCAUUGUCAUGGUGAUCCUUGUGUGCUACUUAACCAAGAAGAGUAGAGCGGAAGACAUGAAACUGCUGCUCGAUUCUGAAUAAACACACACACAUACAUAUAAACACACACACCAACAAAACUCUAUACGUUAUUGCUAUAUAUGUAUUACAUUCAUUCUAAUUUGGCCAUUUUUUAUGAAGGAGCCAUCAAACUGCUGUAAUUUUGAGAUGAAAAAAAAAGAUGAACAGACAUAACACUGGGGACGGGAUUGGGGGUGGUAAUGCAUUUAUUUCUAUGGUGGAUAGGCUAAUCAUUUUUUAGAUUGUUUGAAAUGUCAAAAAAAAAAAAUUCAGAAGCCUGUGGUUAAUAUGUUCAUGGUCCUGUUAAGGUGUUUGAUUUCAACAAAAAGAUGAGUGCAAUUUACAAAAAACAAAACAAAACAAAUUGUGUUAAAUCAAAGCUCGAAUAGUCGAACGCAUUAAGAACCCAAAAGGUACUAUAAUUAUUAGAUUAAUCAUUUUAUAAAUUUUUCCCCCACUUAACUAACAGUAAUAUAUAAUUUGAUUGAGAUGAAGUCCUCAGGCAGAAGAAAUACCAUUUAACACCAUUGUGUGUAACUACAAAACAAAUGUCACUGAUUGUGAUAUUGUUAGAAAAAAUACUUAUUUAUAAAUUGUAAGCACAAUAUUUUAAAACAUUUAUAGAAGAGUUUAAUUCUGCAUCUUAAGAAAAUAAAUGUAAAUAUUUGAAGAAAUCUGAAAUAUUAUUUGGUUCUGCUUUUUCUGGUUUGGAAAUAAAACAUUUAUCAAGACG